AGCCCGCAUUGCACCUUCCAAUAAAAUUCAUUCUGUCUUCUUCCUUUCUUAAAUAUUACCAAAAAAUCAAACUUUCUUAUAAACACAGGUCAAUUUUGCCUAUCAAAAAAAGUCUCGAGCACAUUUCUCUCUGUAUAUAAAUCAUCAAGAAUCCCCAAAAUCAACCCCACACACCCGGAAACCCACAGCAGAAAAUCAAAGAUGGGUUUUGCAAAAGAAGGGAAAUCAAAGAGAUUUUUAAGAGGAUUGAAGACUGUUUUCUUCUUGAUAACUAUGGUGAUCUCUUUCCUUGUAUUCACAGCACCAGUUCUUGUUGUCAUAGCAGACACUCUUCUCCCCUCUGCUCUUCUAUCUGCCUCUCUUUCUUCUUCUUCUUCAUCACCACAAAUAAUCUCUUCCCAUCUCAAUAACUAUCAUUUCAGAUACUCCCUCAUCGACAUUCCCCUAAUCUCCAUACUCAGAUCAGCCAUCAUAAUCUGUGUGUACAGCUUUUGUGAUGGGCCAAGGCUUUCAAGAGGGCCAUAUUUGGGGAUCACAAUGAUAUGUAGUGUGGUUUCUUUGAUAUUUGUUUCAGUCAAGGCUUCAUAUGUGUUUAGCAUCGGUAAUAUUGAAAGAAAUGGAGAUGGGUGUGUUAAAGCUAUGGAGAUUGCUCUGUUUUUGUGUUCUCUGGUUCUUGCAAUUGCUCAUAUGGUUGUUGCAUAUAGAACUAGUUGCAAGGAGAGAAGAAAGCUUCUUGUUUACAAGAUUGACAUUGAAGCUGUUUCAGCUUGCAAAAAUGUGUUCUCCGGAUAUCAAAAGAUUCUCCAAGAAGAAAGAGUGAAGUAACUGAACACAUUAACAAUGAGAGAGGGAUAAAUAUAUGAUAUAUUGUUGGCUAACCAAAGUCUUCGAUUUUGGAAGGUCUUGAGUUCGAAGCGAUCCCACUUGAAGCAAUACCCUUGUGGCCAUGCGUUAGACUUUGACCCAACUUACACUGUCAUCAGAUGGGAAAGUUUUGUGUGCGCAGAUAUGACAGCUCAAGUUUAUGCUCAUAUCGAAUGUUCAAAAAACAAAUUUAUAUGGUAUCAUUCUCGAUUGCCAAAAAGAAAGCUGUGAUUUUGGAAUUUUCUUGGACACUGGUGUAUCCAAAGGAGUCACCUGCAACUCGAAAAAUUAUUGAAGAAGGAAAAGCUAAUUAAUACAGCAACUUAAAUGUGUAUAUUUAUAGACAGGCAAAAGAGCUUCUGAUACUUGGGAUACAUUUGGCAUUCUUUGUUAAUGUUUUAUCAUGACUUGUUCAGUAAUUACUAUUUUAUACAGUUAAAAGGUGAAGUAAUUAUUGAA